AUGAAGUGGAAGCAGGCACCUCGCACCUCUGCCAAGAAGACGCCAUCGAUUUCCACGAAGAAUGGCAACCCCACCGCCAAGGUGAUCUCUACGUCCGCCGCCUCCUCCACCUGCGACCUUGACGAAGUAGCGCUGUUGUUCAACACCAUCAAGCAUACCAAGGCGCAGAAGGACGGUAGCCCCGCUGCCGCUCAGCUGCCGCCUCUGCAGAGGAAAGUGGGAGGGGGAUCAGCGAAGGCGCAUAAUCCCAAACACGCAUCAGCCGGCGUCGGCGUGUCUUCUUCAUCAUCCUCACGGGGCGUUCAGGUUAGACCUGUUCGCGAUGGACUCUAUCAUGCCCCAGAGAAGUCGGUGCAGAUGAGUGACAACCAGUUCUUCAGCGGCACUUGGCUGAAGGAGGACCGCAAUGCCACCGCUGCUUUCACCACUUGCUCUGCUGUCACAAGCACGGGGUCUCCCGAGGUGUCCGAGGCGCUGCAGCGCAGGGAGGGCGUUGAUCGCAUCGUGUCGAUGGAGGAGCUAGCCAAGAUGCUGUCACGGGACGCCAGGGCGGGCACCACCCCCAACUGCCCUUUUGACUGCGAUUGCUGCUUCUGA